CUAGUGGGCGUGCGUCAUUUUGCUCUCGCCUCCUCUAUCCUCUGUACUUGAAUGAACUACAAGUGCAAAGUCAUACUACACUAUAUAGUAUAUAGAGGGAGAGGAAGAGAAGUAUUGUGCCGGAGAUCAUUUUAUGAUUGAUAGUUAAGUACAGGCAUCGCUUCAGUUACGAUAUUUCCAGAGCGAUGGAGCCUCACGUCAACGCGAAUCGGCUUUUUAAUCACGCGACAACCAUGAAGCUUCACACGGGAAAUUUAGUGAACCGCAGUCGACUUAAGAAGAAAUGUCCAUCUUCGCCUAGUGAGGAGCUUCAAGACUGCAUCCAAGGCACACUGAGCGAGUGGUUUGCCUCAAUGCCAUCAACACUUGAUUCGCAGGAGCUUCCCAGUGUUCUGGACUGCACCAAUCCAGAUCAGACAGAGAUCAUUAAACCAGAGGAGAGAGAGGAACUGAAGGUGUCUGUUAAACUUUUCCUCAGUGAGGCGGACUGCUUGUCUAUCAGAAAUGCAGUUGACAUGGCUUGUUCAUUGUUAGGUGUGUCUCAGUUGGAUUCUGUGAUCAUUGCUCCACCUCCGCUCCUGGAUGGCGAGGUUCAGACCCUGACCCACCUGCAGCCACUGUGGGAGGAGCUAGAGAGUCUUGUACAUAGCCAGAAAAUCGCUGCUAUUGGGACGUCAGACUUAGACAAAUGCCUCCUGGAGCAACUUUAUAACUGGGCUCAGGUAAAACCAAGCAGCAAUCAGGUGAAUCUGGCCUCAUGUUGUGUAAUGCCUCCAGACCUCACUGCGUUUGCUAAAGAGUUUGACAUACAGUUGCUAACUCACAACGACUCCAAAGAUUUAAUCAGCGCAGUAGGAUUUCAGGAAGCAGUACAGGAGAGCAGUAAGGACCUGCAGGUUGCAGAUUGGAGCCUGGAUUGGGUCUUGCGGUACUCCAUCAUUGUCAAGAGCAGGGGCAUCAUUAAAUCAAAGGGCUACAUCGUUCAUGCUAAAAAGAGCAACGGCCAGUAACGUCCUGUUUGAGCAGGUUGCUUAGGUUUUGUGAAUUUAAUUCCAGGUGAACUGUCAUCCAUGAUGCAUCUUUUAUUUUAAGUCUUUUGAUCCGAAGGAACUAAAUUUUUAAUUGACUUUGGCACAUAAUUUUACAAACAGAAUGUUGAAUACUACUUAAAACUCCAUUGCUGCCUAAUUUGUCUUUAUGAAAAGUGCCUAUUUUAAUGUUUCUGUGUCUGCUUAAGAUGAUUUACUUUGCUAAAAAUUUGGUGAUGUGGUGUCAGAUUAGAAAGUGUCGUCCUUUUCAAGCAGUUUCUUGAAGACAUAUCGCCCUUAUGAUUUUGGUGCAUCUGAUACAUUUUCAAAUGUUUACUAUGAAUGGGUUUUUACAAACAGUGGGCUACGUAGCCUAGUUGUAGAUUUUUUACUUUGAAAUUUUAAUGUUCAUUUAUAAGUUAUGUUGGCUUUUAAAGUCUGUAUAGUUUACUUUCACUGCAGCUUGGACUAAAAUUUUCAAUAUAUGUUUUGCUACUUGUUGUUAAUAGAUCAUCUUAUUUGCAUCCCUGUGUAACCUAAAUUAUUUGCUUAUCUGAGAUGUAUUCAAAUUGAGUAACUGAGGAAUGCAUGGCAUGAAAAGCAUUAUUUUAACAUAGAAGCACUGGAAAAUUCCACACUUGAAGAAGAAGAAUGUUUAUAGUUCCAGCUUCAAGGAGAUUGUCAGAAUAUAUAUUUGUACCUGUUAUUUAUUCAUGGUAACAAUAAUUCCUCUUUGGUCCAAAUUGUAAAAGAGAAAAUAAUUGAUGUACUGUACAUGUUAUACUAUUUUCAUAUCCCAUAUUGUGUUAAACAUGUUUCUCAUUUGAUUUAUAAAGUUAAAAAUUUUAUUCAA